UAGCAAGGUCUCAUCGCUUUGAAUGUCGAGGAUUAUGUAGGUCAAAGUUACCACGCCACUUUGCUCACAAUUGUCGUGCUCGCAUUUUCUGUCAUCUCCAACACCUCGAUAUCUUCGCAUUUGCCUAUUAUUGAAAGUGUGAUGUUAGUCCUGCACGUAUUCGGUAUGUUAGCAAUUACAAUUCCUCUUUGGAUUUUGACCCCCAAUCUCAGCCACGCCUCGGACGUUUUACCUGAUUUCACAAAUGAAGGCGGUUUUCCAAGUAAAGGAUUAUCGGCUAUGAUUGGCUUGACGGUACCUUUUGGUGCUUUGGUUGGUUUCGAUUGCUCUAUUCAUAUUAUUCUCAACAAUAAAACUGGAGAGCCAUUUAUCCAGCUAUUUUACAACUCCACUCAGAGUUACACUGCUACCAACAUCAUGGUCACACCUUUGAUUAUCUUACUUCUAUCUUGUUGCGUCAGUGAGGUAGCUACUACAUCCCGACAAAUUUGGUCUUUUGCUAGAGAUCAGGGUCUCCCUGCUUCCGGCUGGUCAUUCAAGAUUUCACCAGGUUGGAACAUUCCUCUUCGAGCAGUAUGCGUAUCGAUUGUUGUGAGCUGCUUGCUAUCUCUCAUCAACCUGGGCUUCGCAUUUGCGCUCAACGCUAUAAAUUCUCUUGGUGUUGUCUCUAUUCUCUUGUUUUACUAUAUCACCAUCAGUUAUCUUAUUUGGAGAUGUAUGCAAGGGCCACUUCCCAAUCGCAGAUAG